ACGCGACCGCGAGCCGUCCGUGCGCACCCCCGAGCGUUCCCCGCGAUUCGCCGCCGCGCCAACCUCACGCAUCAACAACAACCUUACUCUACCACCAUCAAUACCCAACCCUCGAACUUCCCCCCCCUUCAAUCCCAUCACGCGCUCGCACCGAACUCACGCUCUCGCCCUCAGUCAUUCGCAACGAUAUUCCGCCCGUUCCAAUUCCCCCGGGCAUGCCUCCUCCCCACGCGCGCCACCGCUCCAAUGUCCGCCAAAACCCUCGACCUCCUCGUUCUCUCCUCCUCCCCACCUACGUCUUCGCCGCCUAAUCGCAAUAAGCCUAUAGUACCCUCUGGUACGCCUCCGCCGUCUCAAUUCCGCCGUGCUAUUUCCACGUUCUCAUAUUCGCCUCCGCCCUCUGCACAACGAAAUGACAAAAAGAAACAAAGCGCGUUAGUGUCAGGGUCGCGCGCCGCCGCUAUACCCGAGAGCGCUGCCAGAGGUUUCAUGAGCGCGAGGAGUUUGGUUGGAGAAUUGGGUGCGCUGGAGGAUGAGGGGAGAGCGGCGGGAGACAAAGAGACUGUGGAAGAGCCGCCGAAGAGGGCUGUGAAAGCAAGGAGAAAACGGGUGAACAAAGAUGAAGCUAUGGUUGACGAACAAGAUGUUAUCGAAAAUUCGGGUGCGAUUGAGGCUCCGAAACCUAAGAGACGGGCGCGCAAGAAUAAAGAGGAGGGAGAGGUUGCGCCGAAGUGUACAAGGAAGAAGAAGGCGGAGGUGGAAGAACCUGCGUAUGUCGCACCGGCACACUUUGGCGGAGCCGCUUCGAUUGAUAUCACUACAGAGGCCAUCGACGCGGCUGGGCUGAGGCCAGAAGAGGUCGCUGCGGAGGAAGGGUCUGCUGCGCAGGAAUUAAAAGAAAAGGAGCCAAAGGUCGGGAGGCCUCGGAAGCCGAGAGCGAAGAAGGCGGAUCAUGUCGAAGGUGACUCGAUAGAUGCAGCUACGAAUAAUACGGUCAUUGAGUCCCCGGAUGUGAUCUGUCUAGGGCCUGAGACGAACAUGGAGAAGGUCGCGUCUGCUGCGCCUGAUGUAAAAGCAAAGGAGCCCAAGGUCACGAGACCCAGGAAGCCUAGAGCAAAGAAGGCGGAUCAUCUUGAAGGCGAUGAGGGAGCUGCGGCCGCGGCACCCAAGAAAUCGAGGAUCACGAAACCGCGAACGACUAAGGCGAAACGGAAAUCCGAGGAAGUAGUAUCAGCUCAUUUCCAGAAAGAGAUAGAAGAGAAAGCUAUGAAAGAAACACUUACAGAGGCGUCCGCGACUGAGCUUAUAUCCUCAGCCCAGCGCGCCAAAGCGGACGACGAUCCAAUAUGGAACAUACCCUCGAGUCCGAAUAUCAAAGACAUUCGGCCACCCAGGCACCGCCCUCCAGACCCCGUGCAUGAGCCCUUGGAAUUGGAUGAAGCUAUUGCACGGAGACUUCAAUGGACUCCACCCAAGAAUACCACCGCUCAAGUUAUUGACCUGGGCUCAUCCAGUAAAGAGAAUACACCUGCUGCUCCGGACGCUGCCAACAGCGGCUUCACAAGCCUACUGUCUGGCUUCUCCUAUGCCCAUCCCCAACCAAUACCCGAUCUUGCCCCAUCAACAAUUUUCGCGCCAGAGGUGCGCACGCUGACGAAACGGAGAAGAUUUGAGCUCAUCGAGGUACCUGAAAUUCAACCCGCCUCGCGCCAGUCCUCCCCGGAGAAGGGCAAAGCGCCCAAGAAGAAGGCACGCACUAUCACCGACCUUGUUACCGAACAGUACGCCCCGAAAUCUGCUGAGCCUCAGCCCGCCACCGUUACGAGCAACUUCUUUUCGCCACGACCGACCACCACGACAUCCACGACUACAAUCACGACCACCACAAAACUACCGCUGAACGACACAACGAACACAUCAACUGUAAAACCAGCCAGGAAGAAGCGCGCUACUUCCAAACCUAGCUCCGAAAAUGGCGAGAAGAAAAAGAAACCCCGGGCGAAGUCUUCAAAGGCAGCAGCUAAACCUGCUAAGCCAAAACUAGUGAUGGAGAAGCUGCUGAGCCCAUCAUCAGCGGCGUUGAAGAUGAGCAAGCAAGAUAUUCUUUUCGGCACAUCCAGUCAACUGGCACUAGAAGAAUCGCCGACCAUUGUGCGUCAGAUUCAGCAGGCGAUGAUCGAGUCGGAGCAAGAUGCCGAAUUGCUUCACCACUUCGGCGACGGUGCUCCUUCAGCCGUCAGACUUUGGCCGCGGCUGACAAGAAUAGAUGGGAAGCGGGGAUUGUGGAAUGCAAGCUCGAGAGAUGAAGUUGGCGACCUUCUUGAGAACCAGAACGACGUGUAUCUUCCCGAGCCUGACCGUACUCAGGAUAUACCGCUGCUGCUAGAUGGCUCUCUCGACGAUGCUAGCAGUCCAUUCGUCAACAUCGAUGACCUUCCCCCUCCGCCACCACCGGAUGCCCCUGACGCUCCUGUAAUUCAGCUCUCAUCGGACUUGCCCACUCCCCCUGAGACUGUCCCUGAUGAGCCCAUUGCUGCUGAUGUUUAUGCUGAUGAAGCACUCCAUGAUAGUUCCUUUGCACAUAUUGACGAUUUCUUCCAAGAACCCCCACCAUCCAAUCAAAACGUUCAAUCGAGCUUCGCACACAUCGACGACUUUUCUCCGCCCGCGUCAUACGUCAACCACUCGCCGCCGCGAACCUUAUCAGCUUCUCUCCGAAACAGCUCUCCCAAGAGGCGCCCCGGUCGUCCUACGAAACACGUGUCUGCCAUCCCACGCACCUCGGCAUCCACAUCGGCCGAAGUCAUUCAUAAGCCGUUACCGAGGCCCGCUCCAUCAUCAAUGGCCGCACCAACUACGCCCAGCAGACCAAAUCGCUUCCUCCACAUCGAGGAAAUCCUCGACUCAGAAGACGACGAAGCGCUCUCGCCCACCCCACCACGUACUCGUCGUCUCGUAGACUCGCCUCCCCUCCCGUUAUUCUCUCUACCCUCCGCCGCUAGACCCACCAAAGCAUCUGCAUCCCCAAUACCAAAAGCCAAGUCGAAAGCCCAGACCAGAAGCGUAACGGACAAAGCUGCUGCUGAGCCCUCAACGCCCGUCCACCGCAUCCCCGCCACGCACCUCACCUUCGAAGCCGUCAAACCAACCCUGUUUCCAGCCAUCACAGCUCUCAUCCGCGCUUUACCACCCACCACCGACCCUACUCGCCCGUCUUGGCACGAGAAGAUACUCAUGUACGAUCCUCUUCCGCUUGAGGAAUUCACCACUUUCCUCAACACACAUCAACGAUGUCGGACAUACAAGAAGGCCACUAUCAAACAGGUCAAAGCCUGGGAAAAGCUUCUGAAAAGCAAGGGCGAGAACGUCGAUUCCCCGGACAUUGAUGUGGAGGAUGAGCACAUGGUCAAGGCAGUGGAAAAAGAGUUGGAGUCUUGGAUGGUACAGAAGUGGUGUGAGGAGAGCAGUGUUUGCUGUUUUUCUACUAAGGAGAAGGGGAAGAACUCAGGUGGUGCUAGACGUGGGCUGUAUUGAUCUUCUUAGGUGGUAAUUUCAAUUAUAUAUUAGGGUAACCUGAGACAUUUACAUCGCGUAGACUCUUGCUCGAGAUGCUGUGGCUUUGUUGAUUCGUUUGGUGUGAGAGUUGUAAGAAUUGUUAUCGUCCACUCCUGUGUUCCUCUGGCUCUUCGUUUCCGACAUCCGAUACACUGCUUUGCCCCCUCCACAUGUCUCUGCGUUGUAGCUGCGCAUGAUCGCGAGCGGACAUCUCUCUAGUUCUUUGUUUCUUUCUGCUUUCCUUCGCUUCCAGGUCUUCAUUGCUGUUAUAUCCUGAUUUACAUAUCAUCGU